AUGACGAGUCAAGAAAAUAAGGUGCUGCUAGACUGCGUUCUCGUUGGCGAAGGGAGCGUGAUCCCUAUCGUCAUUGAAGAGAGGAAUACGGUGGUGGAUUUCCUGAAGGACGCGAUCAAGCAGAAGAAUCCGAGCACGAUCCAGUAUGACGCUAAGGACCUGCAGCUCUUCCUGGCGAAGACAGCGGGUGACAAGUGGCUCGUUUUCGACUCGGACGAUGUGGAGAAGCUGAAGAAGGGCGGUAUGACUGCUACCGUUAAGGUUUUAACAAGCGAAGAGAAGGAGCUACAGAGGGAAUCUGACGUGUUGACAGGUAUGCCUAAGCCGUUAGCUAAUCAAGUUCAUCUGUUGGUCGUGGCUUCGAAGACAAGGAAAGUAGGAGCCCCACACAGUUUUCCAAACAAACGAUCCCGUUUAAAUGAUUUGGGAAUGGAUUUUGGUUUCGAGAUUGAUGAGAUCGUGAAGGUACCUUGGAUCCAAAUCGACAAGGUGGAGUAUGUCACGCUACCAGCUGCGCUCAUGGAAUUUUUACAUCAAAUGAGGGGCAACUUCAACUUCAUUAGUAGAGCGCUUAAUCGCUAA